GGCAUAGUGACGUAGUUAAACAAAUGGUAGUUGAACGUUUAAUCGGUUCGGUUUACUGGUGAAACAUACCAUACAGUGCCAUACAGUGUUUUUGUCAAUAAUGCCAACAAUAAGAAUCAGAUCGACGACAAUGUAUCUUGAAUAUUCCAUGGAACAGACGAGAUUUCUUUGAGAAGCUUUCGCAUGGACAAAUGGCUCCAAGAUAGGAAGCUUUGGCUUUUCGGUAGCACACUACCUUUGCUACCAAGGAGGUCACGCGCGCCGAGCAAGGCGAUGGAACGAUACGAACGACUAGCGCGUCUUGGAGAGGGUAGUUAUGGUGUAGUCUUCCAGUGUAGAGAUCGGCAAACUGGAAAAUUGGUAGCUGUAAAAAAAUUCCAACAAACAGAAGAUGAUCCUCUUAUACGCAAAAUUGCCCUACGUGAAAUAAGACUCCUUAAGAAUCUUAAACAUCCAAAUCUGGUCAAUCUUCUGGAGGUCUUCAGGCGGAAACGGAAAUUACACCUAGUCUUUGAAUAUUGCGAGUAUACGUUAUUAAAUGAGAUGGAGAGAUAUCCGAGUGGGUGUCCGGAAAUCACUACAAAACAGCUCACAUGGCAAAUACUGCAGGGCAUCGCAUAUUGCCAUCGAUUGGGUUGCGUUCAUAGAGAUGUAAAGCCGGAAAACAUUUUAAUCACAGGCGAUGGCGUGGUAAAAUUAUGCGACUUCGGUUUCGCUCGAAUGCUCAGUCCUGGUGAAAAUUACACAGAAUAUGUCGCAACUAGAUGGUACAGAGCACCUGAGUUAUUGGUCGGAGAUACUCAAUACGGUACACCAGUCGAUGUAUGGGCAAUCGGUUGUGUUUUCGCAGAAUUAAUACGUGGAGAAGCACUAUGGCCAGGAAAAUCAGAUGUGGAUCAAUUAUACUUAAUUCGAAGAACUAUCGGUGACUUAUUACCAAGACAUCUAGCUAUUUUUCAGCAAAACGAAUUUUUCGCUGGUAUAAUUUUACCAACACCUCAAACUCUUAUUCCUCUCGAAAUUGUUCUACCAAAGAGAGGCAAUACAAUUUUACAACUUGACUUUCUCAAAAAGUGCUUGGAUAAAGAUCCUGAUGAAAGAUGGUCCUGUGAACAACUUUUACAACAUCUUUAUUUUGAGAAUUUUCAUUUCAAAAUGCCUGAAGCGGAAAUGGAGGAAUUUGAAAAACUUAAAAAAAAUCGGGAUCGAUCACAAAAUAGUAAUAGCAAUGAAAUGGUAUUACCACAACUUCCUAAGGCUGGUGCUUCGGUACACAGUCAAAAUGAAAAUCGGCCGAAAAGCUCCUCCAUGAAUUAUCAACAGAAUUUUGAUCACCUGCCUACUAUUAAAAGGUUCUAAUUAAGCUCCUCUGUGAUUGUAAUAUAUUUAUAUGUAUAUAUAUACAUAUAUAUUUAUUUAUCUAUUUAUUUAAACUUUAUAAACUUUCAUUAUAAAUUAAUAAUUGU